CGUCCGCCCUUCCUUUCGAUAGGAAACUCGUACUGACGUAAAAGAAACCAGGGCAGACGGAUCCCAGGGUUAAUUGAGAGCGUCAAUAUCAGAGCUUUACUGAAGCUACACGUCCUGUUUCACUCCUGUCACACUAAAAUAUCCGCGUUUGGUGAACAUAGGGGCGGACAGGAAAAACACAGCUACCGAAAGGGACAGACAAGAGGAAAAUAAGCAGUGUUUGGCAUGGCUGAUCUGCUGAGGCUGCUGCUGCGGGUGGCUGAGAAAGCGGCUAACGUGGCUCGGGUCUGCAGGCAGGAGGCUCCCCUCUUUCAGCUCCUCGUACAGGAGAAGACCGGAGAUGACAAGAACAAGAAGUUUGUCCAGGACUUCAAGACGCUUGCUGACGUGGUGAUCCAGGAGAUGAUCCGACAUGAUGUUGGUGCUCAGUUCCCUGAAAUGGCUGGCUUCAUUCAUGGAGAAGAGUCCAACAAGUUUGAAAAUGGGCUUGGAGAGAGUGUGACAGUCACAGUGUGCGCCACAGAGGAGGAGACCGCGGCGCUGCUGGCCACGGUGCUGGACGGCAACCAGAUGGCGGCCUCUCUGCUGGCUCGAGCCAUCCACCAAAACCCGGCGACCAUCGACACCAGCACAGACGGUCUCACAGUGCCCCUCAGCCCGUCUGAGCUCGGCAUCUGGAUCGACCCCAUAGAUGCCACUAGCCAGUACAUCGAGGGCCGAGAGGAGGUACUGGAGGAGGGCCACCUGUCUCCUUCAGGUCUGCACUGUGCUUUGGUUCUGAUCGGGGUUUACCUCCGGAACACAGGCGAGCCUGUCAUGGGCGUCAUCAACCAACCGUUCAACUACAAAGAUCCCUCAGGUGGAGGCUGGAGGGGGAAGCACUUCUGGGGUGUGUCCUGCGGCGACGUCAACAUCUGCUCACUGUCCCGGCCCAAAGGUGGAUCGGAAGGGGGGCGAGGCCUCUCUGUGGUGCUGAGCUCUAGUGAGAAGCAGGUAGUAAAGGAAUCCCUGGCUUCACUGUGUGGCCCCGAGAAGCUGAUGUACGCCUCCGGCGCUGGCUACAAGAUCCUGUGUGUCAUUCAGGGCCUUGCUGACGCCUACGUCCUCUCAGAGGGCAGCACCUUUAAGUGGGACUCCUGUGCCCCUCAUGCCCUGCUCCGAGCCCUCGGAGGGGGAGUGGUAGACCUGACUAAGAGUCUACAGUCUGGCUCUGGGGCACAGGAUCAGCAGACAGAACUGACCUAUCACCAGCCUUACACUCAGUGUAAAGGAGCCGACCGCUGGGCUAACCACGGAGGCCUGGUGGCGUAUCAAGACUGUUCUCAGCUCCACAGCAUCAUCGGGGCUCUGAAAGGCAAGUUGUAGAUAAAACAGUGGAUGUAAGCAGCAGAUGCAGUUAUUGUUAAUCAUACUCAUUUCUUUUCUAUAUUAGAGGAAAGAAAGUUGGCAGUGAAAUAUUUUAAUUAUAAUUAACACUGUCCUAUUUUUAACCAUAUAUAUGUAUAUAAAUAUAUAUGCAAGUGUAUGUUUUACAAGGUAAACUUCAGGUCUGGGCCAAAGAAGAUUUGCAAAUAUUGUUUUUAGUUUUUAUCGGAGGUUCCCAAACUGGAGGGCGGCCUCGCUCACGUCUGACCAGGGGGGAAAAAAACAUUCAGCAGGAAAAAAAAACUUGAAUGAAUCCAA